AUGGAAGCACAUCGAAUUUUAUUUAAAAGUCACCCCAAUUCAUUUACAACCGAAGAAGCGAUCGCUAAUCUCGGUUCUUUGAAAUUUACCCAAUCACAUCGCACACCGGAUCCGAAAGAUCCAACCAAAAUCAUAACGACCACGACUACCACUACAUUUAGCAUGACAAAAGAUAUGGCGAAAAGUGUGUGUCAAACUUUCAUGGAUGCUAGAUUGUUUGAAAGUCUUGGAGACUCGGGAAGUCGUUCUUUCAAGGAUAAGGGUGUUUAUGGUUUAACGCUGAAAGGUUUGCACGUUUUGGAUAAAUUUGUUGAUAGGAAUGGGAUCGCGGCUCCACAUUUGGCAAAAUUAUUUGCAUCACAAACAUCUACUAUUAAUUUGUAUUAUAUUGAGAGAAACCUUGAUAAUGAUUCCCUAUUGUUGUCUAGAGGUUGUAUUGAAUCAGUAUUUCGAAGGUUCGCUGGUGCAAAACCAAACGUCAUUAACAAAGAUGAUGGAAAAGAGAUUAAUGUGGAUCAAUCAACUGUUGAGAAACCUGAUCGAAAUCUUGGAAUUGAACUCAAAAAUCGUCAAGGCCAUUACUAUUUUCAUGGUGCAAUUGCUUGUGAUUGGCUUUGCGAUUUCACGACCUUGAUCACAAAGGAAGAAUCUAUGAGAAUUGCAAAUGAAUUUAUUCGAUAUGGAUUUAUUGAACCUUUGUCCGAUAAAAGCAAUGAAACAAAAAAACCUACCAACAAAUAUGGUAGGUCAUUUAAAUAUUCAAAGUCAACUUGCUAUCAAAUCACGGAAUCUGGGCAAAGGAUUAUUUCAUGGAAUCACGAUGGUACCUACACAAAUAGAAAUGGGUUAAAGGAUAGAUUGAGCAAUCUUAGUAUUAAGAUUAUUAACGAUUCACGAAAUGAAUUGCCAGCUAACGGUAAACGAUUAUCAGAGAGUACCGCACAGAUCCAAAGCCCUACGACGAUUAAAGAUGUAAAUAAUCAAUAUUCUAGCAAAGAAUCUAACGCAAAGAAACUCCAACAGAUUUUGGAAGAUCCCUCAUUACGUUCACUCUUUAUGGAAUUUUUAAAAGCAAAUUUCUGUGAGGAGAAUUUAUUAUUCUUGUUGGAAGUUCAAACAUUUAAAUCUAGAUACAAUACGAAAUUUAAUGAAAUCGGCGAGAUGCGAGAUCACCAAGAACAGCAGAAUCUCAUCGAUGAUGCCUUCACAAUUUAUCAUAAAUUUUUAGCACCAGGAUCACCUCAUGAACUCAACAUUGAUCACGGAUUGAGACAAAAGAUGGUUCAAUAUAUGACUAAUAUCACAUCACUAGAUGAUUCUGCAGCAAAUCCUAUAACAAAUCUUUUAUAUGAUAAAAUUCAAGACACAAUAUUUAGACUUAUGGCCACCGAUUCUGUUCCUAAAUUUUCAAAGACAGACAAAUAUUUAUCUCAAAUAAAGAAAUUUGAUGGACAUUCGACAGAGUACAAUAUCCAAAAGCGCAAACACACUUCAUCUAGUUCAACUUCGAGUUUAAGAAUUUAA